AUUUCCUUGAAACAUCAUUUAUCCUUCAUGUUAGAUAUUAUAUAAAGGGCCAGCUUGGUCUAAAACUAUAAUCUGUAACAUAUAAAACCAAUAGAAUUACUUAGCGUGCUUUUGCAAAAAUUUCGUAUUGAGGCUAUGGAUUCUGAUUCAUUCUGUAGUGAUCUUACUCGUCGCGAUGAAGAGUUGUCAAUGCAAUUUGAUUAUUCAGACAUAAGUCUCCGUCUGUUGGACCUCACUGAUGUUGAUGAUUUUAUGGAAUGGUUUACGGAUGACAACGUUACUAAGUUCUGUUCUAAUGACACUACUUUCAUAGCCAAAGAACACGCGAUGAGAUACAUUGCUGAUGUUGUUAUACCACAUCCAUGGUUCAGGGCAAUUUGCUUAAAUGGCAAGCCAAUUGGUUCAAUUUCUGUAUCACCUUUUCAUGGAAGUGAUAGAUGCAGGGGCGAAAUUGGAUACGAGAUAUCAUCUAAGUAUUGGGGCAAAGGGAUUGCCACCAAGGCGGUGAAGAUGGUGGCGUCCACCAUCUUCUUUGAGUGGCCCCAUUUGUUGAGGCUUGAAGCUGUGGUGGCUGUUGAUAAUCUAGGAUCACAGAGGGUGUUGGAAAAGGCUGGUUUUAUUAAGGAAGGUGUUUUGAGAAAGUACUAUCUUGUUAAGGGGAUACCCAAAGAUAUUGUUAUGUUUAGUCUUUUAUCUACUGAUCAACAACUUUCCUACUUUACUUGAGUAAAGAUAGAGUAAGACUCCGUACAUACCACCCUUCCCAGAUUUCAUUUGUAGGAUUAUACAAAUUAUGUUAUUGUUAUUGUUGUACAGAGAGAUCCCUUACUCAAGACGGAAAGAGUAGAGAGACUGAUCCAUUAUCCACCGAAUUUCGAACCUUCGCGCCAUGAACAUGGAACAAGUUUUUGGAUUAUAUGGAGCAAGUUGAUAAAUUAAAACAUGCAUCUUUAUUUUCUUUAAUUUAUAUAAUUUUUGUUUGUUUGGAAAUUGUUUUAUUGCUAACACUUGUUAAUGCUCUAAGGUUAGGUAAUU